UGCAGAUGGAACUCACCCUUUUUGACAAGACCAUUCAUUGUUGUCGUACAAUCAUCUUCGUUGUAUCUAAUUUGAUAAGUCGCUUUUAGGAGACAAUGUAUCCGUUAAUGUUCACACUUACAGCCUAUUUACUAUGCAUUCCAGCUACAUUUGGAAAAACUGUGUCGGGUGUUUUCAAGAGCGAUGCAGCCAGAGAGCAGAAUGGACAGUACAUCACACAAUUCAUGUACAACGUGGGUAGGGGUCUGGUGGUGUGCAGGCUGGAGAAUGCUCCCCUGGCCACGGAGAAGGAGUCCAGACUGCUAUUCUUCCCGGAGACGGAGGACGGCUUCGACAUCGACAACCUCAGCUGCCACGACCGCCUCUCCAAGGCACAGCUCUCCAUCCGUCUGAGUGAGGAGGAGCACAACCAGAGCAUCCCCCACCUUCACUCCCCCACCGCCUGGAUGGCGCUGUAUGCAGACCGCUACACCUGUGGGGAGGGGGGCAUCAUCCCUGCCCAUGGGGACCUGACCUUCACCAUCCUGCUGUUCAACCCUGACUCAGCAGGCAACCCCCUGGAACACUUCAGCGCUGAGGAGGCAGGCCUGCAUAGUUUCUACUGUCUGCUGAUCCUGGCCUACUUUGUGGCAUCCUGUAUCUACAUUCAGCCUCUGUGGAUGGCCCUGAGAAAGGGUGGGCCCAUGCAAACGGUGCUGAAGGUGCUCUCCACAGCCUUGGCCCUACAGGGGAUCUCUGCCCUCUUCAACUACAUCCACCUGGCCAGGUAUGCCAGGGAUGGAGUGGGCAUUCCUAUCAUGGGCAGCUUGGCAGAGUUCUGUGACAUGGUAUCCCAGGUGUCCAUGCUGUACAUGCUGCUGAGUCUGUGUGUGGGCUGGACCCUGAGCAAGAACAGGAAGCCCCAGAGCAGACCUCUCCAGUGGGACUCCUCUCCCGCCUCCAAAGCCCUCGCUAUGGGAGGAGUCGCCACACAGGGGGCGCUACUGCUGUGGGAGCAGUAUGAGGAGACGGAGCACCACAGCUACCAUGCCCAGCGCAGCAUAGCGGGUCUGUUACUCAUAUCUCUACGUAUCAUCCUGGCCUUGUUGCUAGCCUCUGUGCUCUACACCAUCAUCAGCACAGAGAGGAGCGCCCUCAAGAGAGACUUCUAUCUCAGCUUCGCCAAGGGUUGUUUUAUCUGGUUCCUGUGCCACCCUGUGCUGGUCCUACUCUCUGUGGUCUUCAACGAGCAUCAGAGAGAAAAGGUUGUGACAAUCGGUGUGAUUCUAUGCCAGGCUAUCUCGGUGGUGAUCCUCUACCAGCUUUUCCUGUCCCGUAGCUUAUACUGGGAAGUAUCUUCUCUCUCCUCUGUCUCACUACCCCUCACCAUGUCCAGAGGGGGCCGGGGACGCUACUGACCCCGCGUGCAGGGGGAACACUUUCACUGCGACACAUGCCGAGGGCGAAGGGAUACACCGUGACACCUGCAGUUAAAGGGACAAUACUUCCACUCCUCUCCGCCCACUCACGGCGAAGGUGCCCCCACAGACGGGUGAGGAAAGAGAGAUGGGUGGGAUGAAGAGAAGUAGGAAGUUCACCCACAAAUAUAGAAGAGAAGAGGAAUGAUGGCCUGCUCAUGUAGCUGGAUAGCACACCUAUUUAAUAGCCUCCCAAACAGGAUGAGAAUGAGACCUGGGUUUUAAUAGCCUCCCAAACAGGAUGAGAGUGAGACCUGGGUUUUAAUAGCCUCCCAAACAGGAUGAGAGUGAGUCCUGGGUUUUAAUAGCCUCCCAAACAGGAUGAGAGUGAGACCUGGGUUUUAAUAGCCUCCCAAACAGGAUGAGAGUGAGUCCUGGGUUUUAAUAGCCUCCCAAACAGGAAGAGAGUGAGACCUGGGUUUUAAUAGCCUCCCAAACAGGAUGAGAGUGAGUCCUGGGUUUUAAUAGCCUCCCAAACAGGAAGAGAGUGAGUCCUGGGUUUAAGCGCACAUAAAGUAUGUAUGUAAAUGAGACUCAUUUGUUAGUAUACAACAGAUGUGGACACGGGUAACUGCCAAAAUAAUGGAAACGCAAGUAAAAGAGGGAUCCAAAGUAUAUUAAAAGCAGGUGCUUCCACACAGGUGUGGUUCCUGGGUUAAGCAAUUCACAUCCCAUCAUGCUUUGCUUAGGGUCACGUAUACAAAUGCUGUCUGCCAUGGCUGUGGCCCUACAGGAUUACAAUGCCCCCAUUCACAGGGCACGGGUGGUCACUGAAUGGUUUGAUGAGCAUGAAAAUGAUGUAAACCAUAUGGCCGUCUCAGUCACCAGAUCUCAACCGGGGACGGUGUUUUCCACCACCAUCAAAAAACAUCAAAUGAUGGAAUUUCUCGU